AUGUACUACAGCCAGUCUGUCAGGAACUUAAAGGGAUGCACUCUGGAUAUCCACCCGACUGACACAGCUCUUGUUGUUCAGUAUAAGGUGGAGGCAACUGUUCUUGGGGAGCUGGAGGAACCCAAGGUUGUCGUCCAAAAAGAUUGUCAGAAAAUCAUUUUCCUAAAAGGCCUGAAUGCCAGCACAGACACCACUCUUGCUCAGAAGGUGGUUGAGGAAUGUCCACUGAUUCACCCAUCUAAACUCCAUGAAGUGGAACAGUUGCUCUUCUACCUGCAAAACGGCAAGCAAUCAAAUGACACCCAGGUGAAAAAACAGAUAUCACUUCGAGACUUUCCUCCUUAUGCUGGAUUAGAACUGGACAACAAAGCGGGCAUCAUCAGAAUUGAUGAAUGUGAGCUGCUUUAUGAGGACAUUGAGGAAAAGACCUCAACUCUCAUCCUCCAGCUGGCUCGCAACCCAGAUAACCUGAGGGAACUCAUACAGAAUGAAACUGUCCUUAGAGCCUUGGCCAGAGUCCUAAGAGAAGACUGGAAGUGGAGUAUGGACUUGGCAACAACCAUCAUCUCUGUCUUCUUCUGUUUCUCCAGUCUUUUACUUCAGUUCCAUGGAAUGAUCACACAUUUCAAGAUUGGGUCCCUGUGUGUGAACCUCAUUGAAUAUGAGCUGAAGAAGUAUGACCUUUGGCAAGAUGAGCUGCAGAAGAAGGAGCAAGGUACAAGAACCACAGCUAAAAUAACUGUUACCUGCACUGUAAUCUUUGACCCUGCAGUUGCUCUGUUUCUGCUGCUCAACCUGGGUGAAGACACACACACAGAGCUGAAGAUGAGGAACAAAAACACUGUUCACAUGCUUUUGAAGAUUGUGGACCGUGAAGAUAAUGAGCUACUGCUGGUUGUUAUCACCAUCCUCAAGAAGCACUCUAUCUUCCUGGGGAGCAAGAUUGACAAUGUGGAAAUGUCAGUGGUAGAGAAGCUGGCCCGUUUCGUUCCCAGUGACUACAAGGAGCUCCUGGACGCCACCCUGCGCCUCCUGUUCAGCCUGUCUUUUGACACUUCUCUCCACAACCAGGCUGGAUUCAUUCCCAAACUUUCCUCUCUGCUUGCUGAUGAGGGCCAGAGACAGCUCAGCAUGUCCAUUCUGUAUAACAUCAGCAUGGACCACAAAUUUAGGUCCAUGUUUGCCGACACAGACUGCAUACCGCAGCCAACCUUCGUCUUUGUGGACAUGCUGUGA